AUGGCAAUUUGCCUCAAGAAAUGGCACGCUUACGUCAGUUUAAGUUUCAACAGCUUCAGCGGGGAGGUUCCUUCCUUGUUUGGGUUUUUACACCAACUUCAAGUUCUAAAUCUUGGAAAUAAUAGUUUCACUGGUACCAUCCCUUCUUCAUUUUCUAAUAUUUCCACACUUGAGACUUUAAAUCUGAAAUUCAAUUCCAUAGAUGGUCAAAUCCCAAAAGUGAUUGGAAGUCUUAUAAACCUUAGAGAAUUAAACUUGGGGGGUAACAAGCUCAUAGGCUCUAUUCCUUUGUCACUCUCGAAUGCCUCAAGGUUGGAGACUUUAGAAAUAUCUUACAAUUUACUUCAAGGAAACAUUCCAGAAGGAAUUGGCAAUCUGCACAACUUGAACUUGUUAUCCAUGCAAUGUAAUCAACUUACGGGUUCUAUACCAUUCACAAAUUUCAAUAUUUCUAGAAUCGAAUCCAUUGGAUUUACAAACAACAGCUUAUCAGGAAAUCUUCCCAGUGGUUUAUGCAAUGGUCUCCCAAAACUCAAAGGGCUUUAUGUGUCACUUAACAAGCUUCAUGGUCAUAUGCCUACAAGCUUGUCAAAUUGUUCAGAACUUCAAAUACUAUCUUUAUCAGAUAAUGAGUUUGAUGGACCAAUACAUGGUGAAAUUGGAAGAUUACCUAAUCUACAGCGCUUGGAUCUCGGAGAUAACCAUUUCACUGGGAUAAUUCCACAAGAAAUCGGAAAUCUUGUUAAUUUGGUGAAGUUAGGCAUGGAGAGAAACCAAAUUACCGGCUCAGUCCCGAUCUCCAUACACAAUGAAAAACAAUGUGAAAGCCAAGUAGAAAGAAAGAAGAAUGAACAGGAGGAUAAAGUCACAGUGGAAUCCCAUGGUCGGAAAAAUUGUUUCUUCUCUGCCUUGAAUGAACUGGAAUUGGAUACUGAAUCGGUGAUAAUUUUGAUGGAAACGGGUUGUGGGGAAUUUUAG